UCUUGGAGCAUUGUGUAACGCAACAUCACGGAAUAAAUUCCCGGAAACACUGACCAGACCACGGAUUUCUGCUCGGUGUCUUCACUUCGCGUGCUGUUAGUAGGAAACGGCGUCAAUCGCUAUAAUUUAACCAAAUUAACUAGCGUACAAUGCGAUAGUGCUGCCUAGAGACACGGAUAGAGAUCAGGCAGAUAACCAGAGGGAAAAGCAAGCCCACGGUGGCAGAGAUCACACAAAGUUUAGUUGGAUUUGUGUCAAACAAAAAACAAACUGAGAAAAUGUCCAAACCUAAUUAUGCUGGCAUUUACAACAUGGUUUCCCAGGAAAAUUUUGAAGAAUAUCUCGCGGCUUUGGAUGUUAAUUAUGCAUUAAGGAAAGUGGUCUGCAUUCUGAAACCCAGCAAACAUAUUGAACACGAUGUGAACUCUGGCAAAAUGAAGAUUAAGACAGUCACCACCUUUAGGAACUUUGACAUGGACUUCACUUUGGGACAGGAGUUCACUGAGGACCUGGGACCAGUCGAUGGGCGAAAGUGCCAGACCACAGUGAACUGGGACGGUGAUAAAUUGGUCUGCGUGCAGCGAGGAGAGAAAGAGGGCAGAGGCUGGACACACUGGCUAGAAGGAAACCUCCUCCAUUUGGAGAUGAGGGUUCAGGGUGUCACUGCCAAGCAAGUCUUUAAGAAGGCUGAGUGAGGAUAGAGAAAUAGAGGGGCCAUUUGCUGGGGGUUUUUGAGCUCAGAUUUUUUUCUAGAGCUCAGGGUUCAGAAAGAGGCCAUAUCACAGCAGUGAUUUGGCUCUAAUAGUGUUUAAAUGGAGACUACAAAUGAUGACACUUUCUAUAAAACUGUAUCAGCGUUUAAAGCACCGUUUCCCCUUCACGGCUGCAGUCAAACCAAAAUGCAAAGUUCAAAUGAGAUCACGACGAGCCCUGUUGCCCUCUGUGAACAUUCCGGAAUGGUACUGUAAUAUAUGGAUUCAUGGCACCCUAAUAUUGUAUUAUGCAGAUAUGUUUACAGUAAGCAAAAGUAAAAAGUAAUGAUUAAAUGAGCCAGUAGUUUAGCUGGUCAAGUACAACUUGGAAUUCUUCAUUGCUAAAUUAAAUUUAAUGUCCAGUGUACUGCUAUUAGAUUGGCAAGUAUUAGAAAUAAUGGAUUUGAAAAAUCUGUGUGAUAGGGUUUUGAUUAAUUGCAAUAGACAAACUAAAAAUGUCUAAAAAUGCUGAAACACAUGUGGUCUGAAAUAUGUAAUGUAGUUUUAUUUGUCCACUCUAGAAUAUAACCAUUUAUUUUACCAUAAAA